UCGGCGCGUCUUGUCUGGAAGAUCCGAAAUGACCGUGUUAUAAAUGAUAAACCACACUAUACGGCGCGCGAAAUAGAACAAAGAUGGACACACGCGAUAAAUCGUCGUAUGAAACUAGACAGCAUACCAUCAGAUCAAAAGAAAUUCAAGAGGAAGGCGAUACAGAAAUCCCUUGUUCUGAAGACAUGGCAGGGCACGCUUCUGAAAGAAAGCUCCCUCCCCGAGGACUAG